CGCGGUCCCUUCUCCCUGGGCUGCUCUCGGGGGCCCCUCGGGUCCCAGACCCCCCACUCCCAGCCCCCGGCGCCCGCGUCCGAACCCCGCGGCCGGCGGCGGGCGAUGGUGCGGCGGAGCGCGAGGACGCGGGCGGCGCGGCUGCGGGCAUGAAGGAGGAUGGAAGGGCAGGACGAGGUGUCGGCGCGGGAGCGGCACUUCCACAGCCAAGUGCGGGAGUCCACGAUAUGUUUUCUUCUUUUUGCCAUUCUCUACAUUGUUUCCUACUUCAUCAUCACAAGAUACAAGAGAAAAUCAGAUGAACAAGAAGAUGAAGAUGCCAUAGUCAACAGGAUUUCGUUGUUUUUGAGCACCUUCACUCUGGCAGUGUCAGCUGGGGCUGUUUUGCUUUUACCCUUCUCAAUAAUCAGCAAUGAGAUCCUGCUUUCUUUUCCUCAAAACUACUAUAUUCAGUGGCUAAAUGGCUCCCUGAUUCAUGGUUUGUGGAAUCUUGCUUCUCUCUUUUCCAACCUUUGCUUAUUUGUGUUGAUGCCCUUUGCCUUUUUCUUCCUGGAAUCAGAAGGUUUUGCUGGCCUGAAAAAGGGAAUCCGAGCCCGCAUUUUAGAAACCCUGGUCAUGCUCCUGCUCCUUGCCUUACUGAUUCUUGGGAUAGUCUGGGUUGCUUCGGCGCUCAUUGACAAUGAUGCUGCCAGCAUGGAGUCUUUAUAUGAUCUUUGGGAAUUCUACCUACCCUACUUAUAUUCUUGUAUAUCAUUGAUGGGAUGUCUGUUACUUCUGUUGUGUACACCAGUUGGCCUCUCCCGUAUGUUCACAGUGAUGGGUCAGUUGCUCGUGAAGCCAACAAUUCUUGAAGACCUGGAUGAACAAAUUUAUAUUAUUACUCUUGAGGAAGAAGCACUCCAGAGACGACUAAGUGGACUGUCUUCAUCAGUGGAAUACAACAUAAUGGAACUGGAACUGGAACUCGAAAAUGUGAAGACUCUUAAGACCAAAUUAGAGAGGCGAAAAAAGGCUUCCGCAUGGGAAAGAAACUUGGUGUAUCCUGCUGUUAUGGUUCUCCUUCUCAUUGAGACAUCCAUCUCGGUCCUCUUGGUGGCCUGCAACAUUCUUUGCCUCCUGGUUGAUGAAACAGCAAUGCCAAAGGGAACACGGGGUCCUGGAAUAGGAAGUGCCUCUCUUUCUACUUUCGGUUUUGUGGGCGCUGCACUUGAAAUCAUUUUGAUUUUCUAUCUUAUGGUGUCCUCUGUUGUUGGGUUCUAUAGCCUCCGAUUUUUCGGAAACUUCACUCCUAAGAAGGAUGACACCACCAUGACAAAGAUCAUUGGAAAUUGUGUAUCAAUUUUGGUCCUGAGCUCUGCUCUGCCUGUGAUGUCAAGAACUCUGGGAAUCACUAGAUUUGAUCUACUUGGAGACUUUGGAAGGUUUAACUGGCUGGGAAAUUUCUACAUUGUAUUAUCCUACAAUUUACUUUUUGCUAUUGUAACAACAUUAUGUCUGGUCAGAAAAUUCACCUCGGCUGUGCGAGAAGAGCUUUUCAAGGCCCUAGGACUUCAUAAGCUUCACUUAUCAAAUACUUCAAGGGAUUCAGAAACAACCAAGCCUUCUGCAAAUGGGCAUCAGAAAGCACUGUGAGAUCUACAGCUGACCCCGCUGGAGAAGUCCGGACUUAGCCAUUCCUGCCGUCAUGGAAGUGCUUUCCUACUGACCCUGUUCAGGGCCAGGGCCUGGGCCUCUCAGUGUCUGUUUUUCUUAAUCUGCUAAGAACUUGGUUAUUGCUGUUCUUGUUUUAAAUGUAGCUUUUGGACAGACCCUGUAAUUCAGCUAACCACUGAUUCUUUGUAGCGAUGUCUAGAACAGCACGUUCUGUAGAUACCUUUACUCACAUCGGUAAAUGUGAAUUUUUUCACCCCAUAUGCAGAUGUUACAAAAGCCAAAUUUUGAGGCUUUCUAUACUUGAUCUUAGCCAAAAGGAUGAGAUACUGUUUGAGGCUUUCUAAAGGGUCAUUUAAAUCCCACUAUAUAUUUUAUUCAGAAUGUAGCAACCUACCGGCAAGACAUCCUUGGUACUAAGUGAAAGUUAUCCAGAGAAAUGCAGUUUUGUAUGCACUAAAACUGCUUUAGAUGUCAUUGCAAUGGGUGCAUUGUAACUGAAAUGGUUACAAAUUAUAUUUUUUAUUUCCUUAAACACAAAAACAAAAGUGUUGUUUCUGUUACAGAAUGAUAUUCGUCAGACUUUGAGCCAAGGGAAAGAUAUUGAAUUCUUUUACAAUCUGAGCCUUGGGAGAAAGCCACAGGAAUAUCUUCUAUUGUACAGUAAAAUAAGCUAUGGUAGAAAGUAUUGUGUAAUCAUAGUUAAGUGACAGUAUCUGUGUAUAUAAUUCAAUAUUACCUCUCAUAGCAUAGUUGCCAGUGUUGAAUACACUGUAACUUAGGUUUUUGCCUUAUAGGCUAUAUGUAUACUCAGUUUUUUAAAGCAUUUUUUUCAAAGAUCACUUCCCUUGCUUCUCUAAUGCUUAUGAAAAAUAUAAAUGCUGAGUGGUAGAAACCCCAUCUUUCCUCCAUUUGAAACCUUUGGUUACUUUUAUAUAUGCCAAUUAAUUCCCCAACUUAUAAAAGUUACUGCUUUAACACCCACGACUCACAGCAUCAGCCGUCAUGAUGUAAGGAUAGUUUUGCAUUGUAACAUGAUCAGAUAUUCACUUAUAAGGUUGUAAAUAAUUGUUGGGAUGAUUUCCCGACUUUAAGUCCACUGAAUACACACUAUGAACUUAAAUUCUGUGUUACCAUCCUCUAGGAUAGAGUACCAAAAAUUAUGCAUGCAAAAAUAUAAGAUGGGCCUAUUUGAACACAUAAUUAUGCCAUCUGUAUAAAUGUAUAUGUUCACAUGCACUAUGUGUAUGACAAUAGAUUGUCUGUGUUCAGACAAAAAGUAAAACAACUUUUUUCUCAAAUUGUUGGAGUUAAAGGUUUUUGGGGGAGAAAUUUAUGAAAAACAGUUAUGUUUAUUUGACUUCAAACAUUUCCACUUAGAACCAAAAUAAGAAAAUUUCAUCUGUAUAUUUAUAAGCUCCAUUAGUAUACUUCGCCUUUAUAUCUUUGCAUUACCUUCUGAGUUUCCUAUCUUUUCUAAAAUGCAGCUUAGUUUUAAAAUAAAAGUGUGUUCGUGUUGGGAUUCUAAGCAGCUCUUAUUGUAACCACCAAUGGAAUGGUGGCAGCUUCCUCAGCCUGAGAUCCACAUACCUAGGAAAUCCGGAAAAGUCAGCUGCUUUCUAAUUUCUUUUUUUUUUUUUUUUUUUUUUUGACAGGCAGAGUGGAUAGUGAGAGAGAGAGAGACAGAGAGAAAGGUCUUCCUUUUUGCCGUUGGUUCACCCUCCAAUGGCCGCUGCGGCCAGCGCACCGUGCUGAUCUGAAGCCAGGAGCCAGGUGCUUUUCCUGGUCUCCCAUGCGGGUGCAGGGCCCAAGGACUUGGGCCAUCCUCCACUGCCUUCCCGGGCCAUAGCAGAGAGCUGGCCUGGAAGAGGGGUAACCAGGAUGAAUCUGGUGCCCUAACCGGGACUAGAACCCGGUGUGCCGGCGCCGCAAGGUGGAGGAUUAGCCGGUUAAGCCAUGGCGCCAGCCAAAUUUCAUUGUUAAGUAUACCAUUUUAAGAAUUAAUUGCAAGCUUUGAUUUUUACUGAAACUUGAAAUCCAUCCUUUGAGCAUUCCAAGUCAAGAGAAGAACAGAAAGAAACUCAGGAGUAUACUGAUCUCACUUACGCUAGUUUUGAGACACAUCCAAAGAAACAGUACUUAGGUAUUUGUGAGAUGUCUGAAAAUUUUGUUAGUAAAAUAUUAAACUCUUCAAUGUGUGUAUCAACUUUCUGUUCCUUUGAAAUUUUCUUUCCGUCUGAAGACUUAAGUCAGGUUUUGAUCAGUACGCUCAGUAAACUGGACUCUAGAUUUUACAAAACACUCACUGGAUACGUCUAUUGCUGCUGAAACCAAGAGCGAGCAUCAGCAUCGUGUGGAAGGACAGUUUUGAGCCUUUGAUCUCAGAUGCCUCCUUUAAAAAACACAAAUCGUUGCCUGCUCCGUCUGCUACAUAAUCAAAACACCUGAAGCUUUAUUUCUGAUCCACACAUGACGCUUCCGUGGAAUGAUUUACUCCAAAAGCAGGUGCCUCUGUUGGAUGUAUGCUGGAGCCCGGUUUGUGUACAGACCUCAAAAAUGGCUGGCAGAAUACCGAGGCCAGACAUCUCAGUGCUGGUAAGAACAGGCAUUCUUGGGGGUCCUCCUUUGGUAGCAGUUGUGUGCUAGUAACACAGAAAGCACGUAGACCUGUGGAAGACAACACUCCCAGUGGUCACCAAGUAGUUACGGAACUACCGUCUCGUUUCUGAUUGGAUGGGGAUGCAUCCAGUGAUCCAGUGACCACGUCAAAUCAGACUCUCCUUUGAGCUUUCUCAUGUCUGGUAUCUAUCUUAAAAGGGCAUUUGGCACUACAGUUACAGA